ACACGUGUCCCUCACCAAAACCGUGUCCAUUUAUUUUUAUUGCAAUAACUUCAGCAUUUUAUCGCAAUUUCCAUUUCUUUAUCUCCCCUUUCAUUGGCAUCUCUACCUAUCUUUCACUCUUCCCCCUCCCCCCUUCUCUCGUCUCAUUUGUAUUCUCUCUCUCUGUCAAUUGUCAUCUCUUAUUUUGUUUCACGACUUUUCAGAUCUCUCUCUGCUAAAAUGGUUGCAUUCAGCGGUGACGAAACCGCUCCAUUCUUCGGCUUCCUUGGAGCCGCUGCUGCCCUGGUCUUCUCCUGCAUGGGAGCAGCUUAUGGAACAGCCAAGAGUGGGGUUGGUGUGGCAUCCAUGGGUGUGAUGAGGCCUGAACUUGUGAUGAAAUCUAUUGUACCAGUGGUUAUGGCUGGUGUUUUGGGUAUCUAUGGCCUAAUUAUUGCAGUGAUUAUAAGUACAGGUAUAAACCCUAAGGCAAAGCCCUACUAUUUGUUUGAUGGCUAUGCCCAUCUCUCCUCUGGUCUUGCUUGUGGCCUUGCUGGUCUCUCUGCUGGUAUGGCAAUUGGAGUUGUUGGUGAUGCCGGUGUCAGGGCCAAUGCACAACAGCCAAAGCUUUUUGUGGGUAUGAUCCUCAUUCUUAUCUUUGCUGAAGCGCUUGCCCUAUAUGGUCUCAUUGUUGGCAUCAUUCUUUCCUCUCGUGCCGGUCAAUCUCGAGCAGAAUGAGGAGAGGGAAAGCCAUGGCUUUCGUUGCACCAUAUUUAUCAAUAUUAGAACAUCUGAUUCCUUUGGGGGAGAAAAAAAAUGAAAUGUUCACUGGGACAUUUAGCUUGAAUUUUCCGAUUUUUGUUUGUUGAAUUAAUUGAGAACCAUUAUUCAUGCAACUCUGGGACCUUUGAUCUGUGUAAUUUACUGUCUCGUCCCUUUCAAUCCUACUUAACUCACUUGGUUCUCGAGGACCAGUGCUAUUUGUGGGCAUUCAGUUGUCGAGGAUGAUGUGUGGUCAUAUAAGCGUUGGAACUAUCAUCGAUGAGGAAAUGAAACAUUGGGUACCAUGGAAUUUUUGUGGGUUUUAUU